CAGCAGGUGGAGACGAGGCAUGAAAUCAAAAGGAAAUGGCAGCAGACAGGCCACAUAUCAAGAUAGCAGCAGGGGAGUGGGUUCCAUACACCAAGAUCGAGAGGGAUGUUGGCGGCUCCAUCACCAUCCAAGGCCCAAUGGUGGAACUUCUUAGGAUUUUCUCAACGCUUCUGAACUUCGAUUAUGAGUUACUUCCCGCCCCUGGCAACCUGUGGGGCGGCCCUCUGGCUAAUGGCACCUGGACUGGAAUGCUGGGAAUGCUGCACCGACAGGAGGCGGAGCUGGCCAUCGCGCCCUUCUUCGUCACGCCACAGAGGGAGAGCGUGUGUGACUUCUCCGUGACAGUGUUCAGUGACUACCAGGCCAUUCUGAUGCAGCGCCCCAAACUGCAGAGUGACGUGGCUGGGUUCAUCAAGCCCUUUACUCUGGAGGUCUGGCUCCUGAUCGCGGUGAGCUUCCUGGCCAUCAGCUCCAUCGUGGCGUUAGUGUCGGGGAAGGAGGCGGCACUGUUUCAAACUCCCCUGACCCGCCCCUGGGCACGCUCCGUCAUCAUGGCUGUGCAGACCGUGACGCAGGAAACCUCAGAGUGGGUGCCGCCACAUGACGCAGGCCGAAUGUUGCUCACCACCUGGCUGCUGGCGUCCCUGGUGUUCAUGUCCUCCUACAGCGGCAUCCUCACCGCCAUGCUCACCGUGCCGCGGGUCACCAUCCCCAUUGACUCCCUGGCAGAUCUGGUGGCGCAGGAUGACCUGCCCUGGAGGCUGGAGGCGGGCUCCAUGAUGUACUCGUUCUUCGAGGAGUCCGAUGAUCCCAUAGGCCGCAGGGUUUUUCUGGAGAAGGCGGGCACCUUUCAGGACUGCUGGGCGGCGCGGCAGGACGUCGCUAGCGGGGAGUUCGCGGCCAUCUGUGACAGGACCACCAUGAUGAAGGCCAUGUCGUGGGACUUCAGCACUACGGGCAACUGUCACCUGUACAUGUCGCAACAGAAGGUGUACAGCAGUGGGAUUCUCUCCAUUGGCUUCAAGACAAAGUCAAAAUACCUGCCGCCAGCAAACAAGAUCCUGCUGGUGCUGAAGGAGGCGGGUCUGCUGGACAAGUGGCUGGGGGAGCAGAUCACCAACACCACUCAGUGUCUUCGUCCACCCUCGGCAGACUCCAGGGAGGGCGUGUCUCCGCUAAGCGUGACAGCCUUUUCAGGACCCCUUGCUUUUCUCGGUCUGGGCCUGACACUGGCGGUUGUGGUGUUCCUGAUGGAGAUGAUGGUCGGCGUGGAGAGGAAGAAAUGAAGGUAAUGAAACUCAGCAUUAUGUCUCACCUCAGCCAGAACCACGGACCAUGGGUGAACUCUCCG